AUGCUUGCAUGUGUCAACACAGGAGAGGGGGGUGAGACCCGGCAGGACCCGAAAUCCACGCCUGGGGGCAUAAGCAACGCAAGAGGUGCGGAGGCCACCUCGACAGAUCGCCAGGGGCUUCCAGGGGCUUCCAGGGGCUUCCAGGGGCCCCACUGUAGAUGCGAGGCCGCGGAAAAGCGCCGGAGACAAAGCGCCUCGGAGCGAAAGCCAAAGAUGCCGCGCGGUUCCGACUCAGAUCCGAGCCGGGCGAACCCCGGAGCCCGGCGGCUGUGCGCGUCCCGGAGCCGCGACGCGCCCGACCGCUUUGUUUUUAUCCAGCUGCCAAGUGGCAUCGCCAGGGGAGCCCAGGACCGAACCUGGGGUCUGCGGCUGGCUCUGUGGCUCGGGGCUGGAGGCUCCGGCUGCAUCCCUAGGGAGGUUACUGGAGUUCUGGAUGAUUGCUUGUGUGAUAUUGACAGCAUUGAUAACUUCAACACCUACAAAAUCUUCCCCAAAAUACAAAAAUUGCAAGAGCGAGACUAUUUCCGUUAUUACAAGGUUAAUCUGAAGCGACCCUGUCCUUUCUGGGCAGAAGAUGGCCAUUGUUCAAUAAAAGAUUGUCAUGUGGAGCCCUGUCCAGAGAGUAAAAUUCCAGUUGGCAUAAAAGCUGGGCGUUCUAAUAAGUACUUGAAAGUGGCAAACAAUACCAAAGAAUUAGAAGCCUGUGAGCAAGCUAAUAAACUGGGAGCAGUUAACAGCACAUUAAGUCAUCAAAGCAAAGAAGCUUUCAUUGACUGGGCAAGAUAUGAUGAUUCACAGGAUCACUUUUGUGAACUUGAUGAUGAGAGAUCUCCAGCUGCCCAGUAUGUAGACCUAUUGCUGAACCCUGAGCGUUACACUGGCUAUAGAGGGAGCUCUGCAUGGAGAGUGUGGAACAGCAUCUAUGAAGAAAACUGUUUCAAGCCUCGAUCUGUUUAUCGUCCUUUAAGUCCUCUGGCGCCCAGCCGAGGCGAAAAUGAUGGAGAAUCAUUCUACACAUGGCUAGAAGGUUUGUGUCUGGAAAAAAGAGUCUUCUAUAAACUUAUAUCGGGACUCCAUGCUAGUAUCAAUUUACAUCUGUGCGCAAAUUAUCUUUUGGAAGAAACCUGGGGUAAACCCAGUUGGGGACCUAACAUCAAAGAAUUUAGACGCCGCUUUGACCCUGUAGAAACCAAGGGAGAAGGUCCAAGAAGGCUCAAGAAUCUGUACUUUUUAUACUUGAUUGAACUUCGAGCUUUGUCAAAGGUGGCCCCGUAUUUUGAGCGCUCCAUAGUUGAUCUCUACACUGGAAACGUAGAAGAAGAUGCUGACACAAAAACCCUUCUACUGAAUAUCUUUCAAGAUACGAAGUCCUUUCCCAUGCAUUUUGAUGAGAAAUCUAUGUUUGCAGGUGACAAAAAAGGGGCCAAAUCAUUAAAGGAGGAAUUCCGAUUACACUUCAAGAAUAUCUCCCGUAUAAUGGACUGUGUUGGAUGUGACAAGUGCAGAUUAUGGGGAAAAUUACAGACUCAGGGCUUAGGAACUGCCCUGAAGAUAUUAUUCUCUGAAAAAGAAAUCCAAAAGCUUCCAGAGAAUAGUCCAUCUAAAGGCUUCCAACUCACCCGACAGGAAAUAGUUGCUCUUUUAAAUGCUUUUGGAAGGCUUUCUACAAGUAUAAGAGAGUUACAGAAUUUUAAAGUCUUAUUACAGCACAGUGCCAUUGUAUAUAAGAAAGGACAGCUGUUUUUAUCUUCAUCAGCAUUGCCUUCAGCUGGAAAUUGGCAACAGUUCACAGUAAACCUCCCAGCAGUUUGCAGAUUGAAGUACCUGCAGAAACCUUAGCUGUUCACCAAAACACAGAUUAGGAGUAUGGUAUUGUGGAAAUUAUUUGGUAAAAAACAAAAUACACACACACAAAUUUACAUGUACUCUGUUUUAAAUAACAUCUACAGGUGCAGCUUUAAGUUAUGAACAGAAUUCCAAGUAAUUUAUUGUUGUACCCACCAGAAUCUAGAAAAUAUGAAUUAAAGUACAUGUUUCUGCAGUC